UCGGACAUCAGCUCUAAAAUGCCUCCUAAAAAAGGAAAGGGUGGUGGAAAACAAGAUAAAGGAAAAGGAGCAGCAAAAGGGGGAGGGGGCGGUGAGGAUGAGGGUGCAAGUGGAGGAAAGACAAAAAAAGGAGGAACAGCAGUUAAGGUGCGGCAUAUUUUAUGUGAAAAACACUCAAAAGUUAUGGAAGCUAUGGCAAAAUUAAAGGAUGGACAGAAGUUUAAUGAAGUUGCUUCAGCAUAUAGUGAAGAUAAAGCAAGGCAAGGGGGUGAUCUAGGAUGGAUGACAAGAGGAUCCAUGGUUGGUGCAUUUCAAGAUGCAGCUUUUGCCCUGUCCCCGAGCUCGGUAGAUAAGCCAGCUUAUACAGACCCCCCAGUCAAGACACGGUUUGGUUAUCACAUUAUUAUGAUUGAAGGAAAGAAAUAACAACUGGAUUUUACUCUUUCCUCAACAAAAAUAUUCUCUUAACAUGGAAAAAGGCCAAGUUUUGAAUUUGUUACUGCAUCAUUCAACCUUGAAAAUGAACUGUCUUCCAAUUUCGUGAAAGAUGGAAACUCUUUGCAUUUCUGACAUGGAUAGACUCCGAGUGUUUCCCAUUGUCAUCACCAAAUCAAGGAAAAAAACAAACAUACCCAAGGUGAUACCGCGCAGUGAAGUAAAUGGAUGUUACCUUUUUAUGUUUUGUUCAAGAACUGCCUGAUGUACCACUAACAAUUUUUUACUUACUUAUGUUAAAGAGCACUGUUAUAAUGAUGGACUUAAAACUAAAACCAAGAAAAAAAGUACUUACGUCGGAACCCAUCACAGUUCUGGCAAAUAGUUCAGUAACCUUUUCCCGCAGUCUGGUGAAUGCGGGAAAAUAGCGUGAACCACAUCGCGGUUGGUUUUGUUCUAACGCCUGAUUGGCUGUUUAGAGCAGAGCACGAUUCGUCGGUCACUAUCAACUAGCCAACACACAAAAUCAAAACUAUCGCUAGCAAAACGCUCUAGGUUUUUGGGCUCGUGUUGGAAUUGCCGCGAAGUAAAAGACGGCAAGACAUGUCCAUGCUUCUAAGUUACAUCAAUACAACAGACACCCUAGGGUAGAAUUAACUGUCCAUUGUAGAGAAGUAGCCAUUGCGGGCAGGUUUCAAUAGCCAUGAACAGUAUGGAUCAGAGCACAGUCGUGACGAAAAAUCUUUGGCAUUGUGAAGAGGUGGCCUUGUAGGGGAGAUUCGACUUCAGUUUGUUGUAUUCACUAUUGUGAAACGUAGAAACUGUUGGAGCUCGUCUCAUGAAUUAAUUAAAUUCAAUCUUGUCCGG